AUGGUCACCCGCCUCGAGGCUUGCCAAGCCCUUCACUACGGCUGCGCCUUGAGUCUCUUCUGCCUGUUGUCUGUCUCGGCGUGCUUUCGACGAAGCAGCAAAGCCAAGGCGGAGACUUUCGCCAACUUUUGCGCCCAAGCGGCCAGACUUUCAGCGAUUUUGCUUUUGGUGCUCGCGGACUUCAGCCGGCAGUUUGCGACACGACAGCAGCCUGAUGCGGAGGAAAGCCAACCUUUUCUUCGUGCGCAGUCCGAGACUGGCGAGAACGGAUAUGGCAGUGUGCCGUUCCAUGACGACACCGACACUGAGGUUGCCAGUCAGGACACCCCUGGCAAUUGCAGUGACGAUAGCGACGAUGACGACGAAGAUGAUGCAGCCAGCGUCAAGCGACGACGAGCGAAACGUCUUCAAGAGGCUGGCGGCUGGCUUGGCUAUCUCAAAGACUUUUCCAUCUUCAUCCCCUACAUAAUGCCCAAGAAGGAUCGCAAGGUUCAAUUUUCCAUUUUCCUUUGUUUCGCCUGUCUCGCUGGUCAAAGAGCGCUCAACAUCUUGAUCCCGGCCCAACUCGGCGUCGUCACCAACUUGAUACUUGACAAGCAGGAACCUUAUGGUGCCCUAUUCGUGUGGCUACUUCUCGUGCUCAUUAACGACGACGCGGGGUUGGGUCUGGUUAGAGACCUCGCCAAGAUCCCAAUCAAGCAGUACUCAUAUCGGCAGCUCACCAAUGCAGCUUUCAACCACGUCAUGAGUCUCUCUAUGGAGUUUCACUCCGAGAGAGAUUCUGCAGAGGUCAUGAAGACCAUCGAGCAGGGAGAGUCGUUAGCCAACCUCCUUGAGACCGCACUUCUCGACAUCCUGCCCACGGUCUUGGACCUCUUUCUCGCCGUCUGGAUGCUGUACACCAAGUUCAACGUCUAUGUCGCCCUCACCAUGCUCAUAGCUACAGGAGCCUUUAUGUCGAUGGAGGUCUACACUUCGAGCGUCAACAUCGAAAACCGCCGCGUGUCGAGCAAGGCCGAGAGGGAAGAAGCGCGGGCACUGCACCAGGCCGUCCAGGGCUGGCAGACCGUCAGCUAUUUCAACAUGUUCAGCUUCGAGAGCCGGCGCUUCGGGCGGGCCGUGGACUUCCAGCUUGAUGCUAGUCGCAAGUAUGCCGUCCGCGAUGCCUUUGUCCAGGCGCUGCUCGAGUUGACAGUACCGAUCACGUUCUUCACCAUCUCCAGUCUGAUCCUGUACGAGAUCUCCACCGGGCGAGCUACCCCUGGCGACUUUGUGUUCUUCAUCCAGUACUGGGAGAGUCUCAUCUGGCCGAUGAAGUUCCUCGCUCACAAUUACCGAUAUCUGAUGACGGAUCUGGUCGAUGCAGAGAGGCUGCUCGGCCUGCUGCAGACCAAGUCGACAAUCGUCGAAAAGGAGGACGCCAUGGAACUGCCCAACGUCAAGGGCCACGUCGCAUUCGAGAACGUCGGGUUCUCCUACGACCCCAGGAGGCCGACGGUGCGGGACCUGAGCGUCUCCGCCGCCCCGGGGCAGACCAUCGCCCUGGUCGGCGAGACGGGCGCCGGCAAGUCCUCGACCAUGAAGCUCCUGCUCCGCUUCUACGACGUCACGUCCGGGCGCAUCGCCAUCGACGGGCACGACAUCCGCGACGUGACGCUCAGCUCGCUGCGGGAUGCACUCGGGGUCGUCCCGCAGGACCCGCUGCUCUUCAACGCCACCGUCAUGGAGAACCUGCGGUACGCGCGGCCGGCCGCGACGGACGCGGAGAUCUUCGAGGCGUGCCGCGCCGCCGCCAUCCACGACCGGAUCCUCACGUUCGCGGACGGGUACGAGAGCCGCGUCGGCGAGCAGGGCGUCAAGCUGUCGGGCGGCGAGAUCCAGCGCCUCGCGAUCGCGAGGGUGUUCCUCAAGGACCCUAAGGUCAUCAUCCUGGACGAGGCGACCAGCGCGGUCGACACGAUGACCGAGGCUAGCAUCCAGGGGGCUUUGGACAAGUUGAGGAAUGGGAGGACGACGUUCGUCAUUGCGCAUAGGCUUUCGACGGUCGUGCACGCGGACGAGAUUGUUGUCCUGCAUAACGGCGAGGUGGCCGAGCGCGGAACGCAUCAGGAACUAAUUGCGCUGGGAGGAAGGUAUAACGACUUAUGGACGAGACAGGUUGGAGGCGCAACGGUAGAGAAAAUGUUGGAGUAG